GGGCACGGCCGUGCAGGAGGCGGAGCCCCGGUCGCCGCGGCGAGCGACGACAUCGACAACGAAGAGGAGGAGGACGACGACGUCGGGCUGCCGCUGAAGCGCUGCUCGCCUGCUGCUGCUGCUGCCGCUACCGCCGCCGCCGCUAUUGGUGGUCGCGGUGGACAAGGCGGAGGGGACAGAGGAAGGGACGGGCGGGAGUGGUUGUAGCUCGAGCAUGGCGCUGUCGUAACGAGCGAAAACGACGACAACGACAGGACGACAGCCGAGGGAGGAGAACUGACAGACGGGGAGGAGGCGGAGGAGGAGGAGGGGAAGAGCAGCGAGGGGCCCAGGCGAGGCUCUCGGGGCCCCGGAGCCAUGAGCUCGGGCAGGCUGGGCAGGCGAAGCCGGCGGGUGUCGCGGCUUCGACCUCCGGCGGAGAGAGACGAGGUGGCUGGAGCCGAUGAUGGCGCUCGGAUCCAGGCUCCGGAUCCGGCACCCGGCCCUGGGCAGGCGCCGGCGCCCGGCCCGGCUGUGGUGCAGCCACGUGCGGCGGAUGUCCCGGCUGCGCCGGGUGUGCGCAGCCCCUACCAGCUGCGCCGGAAGCCACAGACGUGCAAGCGGCAAAUCGCACCGACAGCAAACCCGGCUGAGGUGAUGUCGUCGACCAGCACCGAGAGCUCCAGCCACCGUGCAAAGCGCACCCGUAUGUCGAACCGGACCCAGGAGCCGCCACCUCCAGCCGAGCGAUACCUGCAGGAGAAGCUCCCGGACGAGGUGGUGCUCAAGGUGUUCUCGUACCUGCUCGAGCAGGACCUAUGUCGCGUGGCUUGCGUGUGCAAGCGCUUUAACACACUCGCCAACGACCCCCUGCUGUGGAAGCUACUGUACACGGACCUCUUUGAGUACACAAGACCCAUGCUGCACCCAGAGCCGCGCAAGUUCUUCCAGGUGAACGUGGAGGACUGCGAGAAUGCCAACCCGUGGAAGGAGAGCUUCAGCCAACUGUACAAAGGGGUUCACAUCAAACCGGGCUACGCGGAACACUUCUACAACAACCCGGCAAGGUUCAAAGGUCGAGCGAACAUUCUGUACUAUGACACAAUCGAGGACGCCCUGGGCGGGGUGCAGGAGGGCCACUUCGACGGCCUCAUCUUCGUCCACGCCGGCGUGUACUCCGACGAGUGGAUCUACGUCGAGACGCCUGUCGCCAUGAUCGGAGCCGCCCCGGGCAAGGUGGCGGACAAAGUGAUCAUCGAGAACACUCGAGACUCCACGUUCGUGUUCAUGGAGGGCUCCGACGACGCCUACGUUGGGUUCAUGACCAUCAAGUUCAACCCGGACGAUCGCUCCGGAAAUCACCACAACGCGCACCACUGCCUCGAGAUCACGGUCAACUGCUGCCCAGUGAUCGACCGCUCCAUUAUCCGCAGCACCUGCACAGUGGGCUCGGCCGUGUGCGUGAGUGGACACGGGGCCUGCCCCUCGCUCAAGUACUGCAAUAUCAGUGACUGUGAGAACGUUGGCCUCUACAUCACCGACCACGCGCAGGGAACCUAUGAAGACAACGAAAUUUCCAACAAUGCGCUGGCCGGGAUUUGGGUUAAGAACCACGCGAACCCCAUCAUCAGACGAAAUCACAUCCACCACGGACGCGAUGUGGGCGUCUUCACAUUCGACCAUGGCAUGGGAUAUUUUGAGAGCUGCAAUAUCCACCGGAACCGAAUUGCCGGCUUCGAGGUGAAGGCGUACGCCAACCCGACGGUGGUGCGCUGCGAGAUCCACCACGGGCAGACGGGCGGCAUCUACGUGCACGAGAAGGGCCGUGGCCAGUUCAUCGACAACAAGAUCUACAGCAACAACUUCGCCGGCGUCUGGGUCACCUCGCAGAGCGACCCCACCAUCCGAGGGAACACCAUUUUCAAUGGCAACCAGGGCGGGGUGUACAUCUUUGGCGACGGCCGUGGCCUGAUUGAGAGCAACGACAUUUACGGGAACGCUCUGGCGGGGAUCCAGAUCCGCAGCAACAGCUGUCCAAUCGUACGGCACAACAAGAUCCACGAUGGGCAGCACGGCGGCAUCUACGUCCACGAGAAGGGCCAGGGAGUGAUUGAGGAGAACGAGGUUUACAGCAACACGCUGGCGGGAGUCUGGGUGACGACGGGGAGCACGCCGGUGCUGCGUCGCAACCGCAUUCACAGCGGCAAGCAGGUCGGGGUGUAUUUUUACGACAAUGGGCACGGGGUGCUCGAGGACAAUGACAUCUACAACCACAUGUACUCGGGUGUGCAGAUCAGGACGGGCAGCAAUCCGAAGAUCAGGCGCAAUAAGAUCUGGGGAGGGCAGAACGGAGGCAUUCUGGUUUACAAUUCAGGCCUGGGCGUGAUCGAAGACAACGAGAUUUUCGACAACGCCAUGGCGGGCGUCUGGAUCAAGACCGACAGUAACCCCACGCUGCGGCGCAACAAGAUCCACGGCGGACGUGACGGAGGAAUCUGCAUUUUCAACGGCGGCAGAGGCGUUUUGGAGGAGAACGACAUCUUCCGGAACGCUCAGGCAGGGGUGCUCAUCAGCACCAACAGCCACCCGACACUCCGCAAGAACCGCAUCUUUGACGGCUUCGCCGCCGGCAUAGAAAUCACGAACCACGCCACCGCCACGUUGGAAGACAAUCAGAUAUUCAACAACAAGUUUGGGGGCCUUUUUGUUGCGACUGGUGUCCAGGUCAUCAUGAAAGACAACAAGGUCGGCAAUAACCAGGACGCGAUAGAGAAGGCGGUGUCGCGGGGUCACUGCCUCUACAAGAUCUCCAGCUACACCAGCUACCCCAUGCACGACUUCUACAGGUGUCACACGUGCAACACCACGGAGCGCAAUGCCAUCUGCAUCAACUGCAUCACCAAGUGCCACCUCGGCCACGACGUGGAGUUCAUCCGGCACGACAGAUUCUUCUGCGACUGCGGCGCUGGGACGCUGUCCAACCCAUGCACGCUGGCGGGCGAACCCACGCACGACACGGACACCCUGUACGACUCGGCGCCGCCCAUCGAGUCCAACACGCUGCAGCACAACUAGUGGGGGGGGGGCGGCGGUGGCGGGCGGCGGCGGCGGCGGCGGUGUGUAACGACCAAGAGGACUGGUCGUCACGGUGUCGGCCGUGGUGGUGGUGUCGCGACGUACGGUGUUGGCAGUGGCGGGGAGAGGGAGGACGACGCGUUCACCGAUGCUCGACCACCGCACCUGCCCGCCGUGUCGCCGCCGUCCCCCCCCCCCCCCUCUCCUCCCCCGCACCACCCGCGACGGCGGGAGCGGUGACGAAUGCUUCCAGCGUCAUGCCGAGACUCUUUGCCGCGCAGAACGGCGCUCGGGAGACGAGGACGGUCUUCGUUGAAAAUGGCCGAGCCCCAGGCCGCUGCCGUAUCCCGUUGCCGUUGUCGCCAUCGCAUCGUCUUCGCAUCUCGCGUUGGGACUUCCCCCCAACCCCCCACCCCCCCCCCCGUUUACUUUUUUCUUUAAAAAUUAUCUCAAGCGGUUUCGCGGGGACUAGCGGUCCCCCAGUCUGCGUCAUCAACGCACAGCGACAGAGCGACGACCGAGCGGCGAUCGAGCGAUGGCGGCGGCAGCGACGACGGCACAGAACACUCGUCCUGUCUCGCCGAGUGACCGACCGGGACGGAUGACCUGGCCAAGGGGGCGUAAAAAAAACGAGCUACCCCCAAACAGAGCAGCAUUGUUCACCCCCCCCCCUUACCUACCCUCUGGCCUCCUCCGCACUACUUCCACGAAACUGCACCGCGCAAAACACCGGCGGCGUCCGUCGCCGAACACUUUUCGCAUCGCCACCCGCCCGUCUUGCCGGCGACGGCACCACGAGAGAGGACGUGGGCGGCCGUCCAGAACGUCGCCACGACGGCCCGAGGAAAACACUAACACGAGACGCGGAGAUUCAAGCCACUUUAGGGCCCCCCCCCCCCCGCCGCACCCGAGCCGUCUGAUGGGGGGACCCUCUGAGCGCCCUCACUGACUUUGACGUUCGUUCGUUCGGAAUAAAACAAGCAUUAUCUUCUGCACGCCAGCCGUCUCCUGAGAGAGGCGCUGUGGCACAAGAACGCAAAACGUGGUUUUAUUUCAUUUUAAGUUUUUUUUUCCUUUUCCUCCCUCGUUAAUCUUUUUCAUUUUGAAACGUACCGGUUGCGCUCAACUGCAUUUUGUGUGAAAGAGUCGAUGGUUUUUUCUUUAUUUUUGCUUUAUGGGAAGAUAAACGAGGACAGACAACAAAGAAAUGUACGAUUUUUUUUGUUUGUUGCAAAAAGCAUUUUGGGGGGGGGGGGGGGGGUGGAUGCUCAUAAACCGUGUGCACACCCCACCCAUGUGCCCCCCCCACCCCCCUCCACCCCCCUCCACCCCCUAUGGAAUUCAGAACUUUCGCAGCCAACGUGGGACCCCCCCCCCCCCCCGAGUCAGGUCCGCUGUUUUCUUGCAUGGAGCAAAGAGCGCUUUAGUGCCAUGUUUAAACCGUCCUUGAAUUUGCUUGAUUUAUUUUAGCGUACUUGAAAAUCCGGGCCUUAAAAAAAAGAGAGAGAGAAAAAAACGAGACUUAAAGAUUGAUUGUCAAAUUUUAUCUGUCACAUUUGCUGUGACCCCCUCCACCAUUCAACUGCUCCCCUCCCUCAAAACUUCCUUCCACCCCCCCCCUCUGUACCACCGCCCCCCGUCCAAAAAACCCCUCGCAACACCACCUCUUUUAAGGUCAAUUAAUAUAUAACUAUUAUAAUGCAUUGCUCACUCUGUCGCCCCCCGCGUAGCAUUAGUGUCAUGCGUGGGUAGGAGCCGUGUUUUUUUUUUUCCCCGGGGAGGGGUUGCGGACGGGUUGGCGUGUGUGAUCCUCUUUCACGCGCUGCGGCAACAGUGGCGGCGGUAGCGAUUGAGGGGGGCACGUGCAGCGUCAACGUGCUUGUACAGACAUCUAUUGCCGCCCCCCCCCCAAAAAAAAAACGCCGCCACUGUUGCCGAUGUCCCAACGCUGUUGACCAACCCUUCGAAUUUUUACCUUUCCGUUCGCAUUUGUUUUUGUUGCAUCGUGCAAAUAUUUUUUGUUAACAGGAAGAUUUUUUUACUGUCCAAAAUAUUUGCUGAGCAAAUGCUCGUGAGACCGCUUGCCCCUGCGAUGGUUGAGAUAGGGGUGGGGGUUGAUUGGUUUGGGGGGGGGAGGUGGGUGCGUGAUGGGGGUAUGACGGUCAUAGUGUAGUGAUGUUAUUUUUUUUAACCGACUUGUUAUUUAUAACGUUUGAGAGUUGACAAAAGCGAUUGAUGCAAAGCUCGCCAAGGCGCUACGGAAAUCUUCGUGGCUCCCGAAGGGCCCACGAGCCGCCCCCCACUUUUUGCUCCAAAUGUCCGGCACAAAAUUCGCGACGUGGGCCCAAAUUUAUUUGCCCACCGCCGGUCCCCCCCCCCCCCUAAACCCUGGCACAGCGUGCAGCGCGGCGAGCGACCGAGCAAGCGAUUCGGCAAGAAUCGUCACUCCCGUUAGCGAAACCUACAUUUCUGAAACCUUAACCACCACCAUCUCCCAAACCUGCUCGUUGUUUUCGCGUGGUCGAGCUUUCCUCGCUGUCCCCUCGCAAUAAAAGCCACGGGGAGAGAGAGAGAGGAGGGCGCCCGCCUGCCCGCCGACCUCUCCACUUCGCGGCUUGACCGGCGCGCGUCACAAAAAAAACACCUUGGGCAUGUAACGAUCCAUCUGGUUCCCACCGUUUCUUACGCUCGCGAUACGCUCGUCUCCGACGGCGCGCAUAGGAUUCGGUUAAAUUUUUCCGAUUCGUGCAAACGACGUGUAAAAUGUUAUGCAAAAUGUUACCGCUAUGCCAAUGCCCGCGAAAGGAGAUGAAGACGUUGGAACGUACGGGGACAGAAAACUAUAGGCGACGUAAAGAAAAACGACAAAAGAUUUAUUUAAUCGGGUCGCGAUUUGCGAAUGGUGGCAAUUAAUGGAACGGUGACGGGCGUUGAAUCAUUACAUGCCUCUAAUAAACACAACAACCACAACAACCAGUCGGCGCCACGGUGCAAGUCUGUGUCCUUUAUAAGCAAUUACGGUUAUCGGUAACGAUCAUGUUAGUUUAAAAAAAAUUGUCAUUUCGGGUGAAGGCUGGGUUUCUUGCAUCUCGCGCUCACUAUUGAAGUCUGUUGCUGGUAGGGAAACAGCGAAGCAGGAAAUGGUGCUCCAGGCCCUGAAAAUAAUUAUUGAUCGCCAUUUUCGGAGAAUACCGAAAGACUUACAAAUGAGCAGUGAACAUUUCAAAUCCAACACUUGUCUUGAAAUGGUGAGGAAACCCGGAACAACAGGAACAUGCGCUGCAAGCCAGAAACAAAUUUAUUUAAUCAGAGUUUUGCCUCUGUGUAAUUGCCGCCAGUUGUCUCCGUUUCACUGCUGGCCAUUUGGCAUUGGCCACGUUUACUCAACCCUAUCGAGUUGUUGGUUUAAAGAUUAAUAUGGGCCACAACUUCAGCUGUUGAGCUGGUGGUCUGGACAAGGCUUGAGUUGUACGUGCAAUGUGGUGAACACGUGACACGCAUGACAGUCGUGCCUUCCGAAUACUAUGUGUGAGUAAACCUUUGUCCCUUGUUAAAUCUGCGAGCAAGUGGGGGGGGGGGGACAAACGAAUGCUCAGAAAUGUCUCCCGAGGAAUUCAGGUAUGGGUUUGGAGCGCCAUUCUCCUUGCUAUUGCUGGCCUCUCGCCUCGCGACCCCGUAAGGCAUUUUUGCUGCGACAGCUGUGAAAGGGGGGUGGGGGGGAGCUUCCUUGACCACUCGGGAGCAUCGUGGGGGGAUUUGCUCAUCGAUGUAAUCGCCUGCUGAUGAAGCCACUGCUAGUGCUGCUGCUGCUAUAGAAGAGUGGAGUCUGGCCGUACCUGUACGUUGUAUGCUGGCUGACACAUAACCGCUUUCCAGACCAAUUUUGUAUUAUUUUGGACUUUUGUGUGUGCGUGUGAGCGUGUACUAUGUGCGUGCGUGCGCGUCUCUUAGGUUUUAUAAGUUCCUGUAGUUGGCAUUCUUCUUUACCCCUUUGCUUUGUAUCAAUUCCUUAAGUCAUUACAGUAUGUUUGUAUUAUCUGUCAUAAAAAUGGCAUAGUUGUAAUUAAAAAAAGGAAUUGGACAGCUUUCGGAGGCUUUCUACGUCA